AUGGCCGAGGACGACAGUGAUGGUAAUGGGAGCCUCAUUGUGGGCAUGAUCAUCCUAGGAUCUGCAGUAUGCGUCAUGAUUUAUUGUGGGAUUCGACAGAUGCUGGAGGAUCUUCCACGCUAUAUCAUCCGGGACAGGACCCCCGAACAGAUUUCGUACAUGCGGGAGAACUCUGGAACCAAGGUCCGAAUCCCAGCAUCUGCUUGGAUUGGAUCAGAUCAUCAUUUCGGAAAUGGCUAUCCCGAACAGUUUGUCGCUCCACGACUAGUCAAUGCACGAGGCCCAAUGGAAGAUCAGAUUCUGUACAAAGGGAAGAGCAUAGCGAUGAUCCUCCUCGAAGAUGGUUAG